GCUGAGAAGGCUGGAGAAGUAGGCAUCAGUGUGAGCCGCUUACGUCUGACUUGGCAGUAGUAGUAGUGGCCAGGAUGGUUGACGUGCCGAUCCCCCUUUCCCCUCCCCCUAAAGCACUAUCCCCCACUGGCAGUACCACCUGAGCUGGCACCCUCGUCCUGGCUCAGUCUCUCUACCCCCGUGAGCGUGGCACCAGCAGAAGCUGCAAUAGUUUGGGGGUUGGGCGGUGUUACUGUGUUUGUACCGGAUGAACGUGUGAUGGUGCUGUAAGCUUAUCAGACAGCCAUGGGCAAUAAGCAGGGCCAUGAGCUCUCGCCCGAAGAGAAACAGAAGCUUAAAGAAGAAAAGGAACGUGAGAAAAAGAUUUUAAAGGAAGAGAAGGAACGCAAAAAACGUGAAAAGAAAGAAGAGAAAAAACGUAAAAAGCAAAAGAAAAAGAACAAGGAUGGUAUAGUACCGGAGUUAGGCGAAGAGGACGAUGACGCUGAGAGUGUUGGAGGCAGCUCAGCAUGGUCAGAGAAGAGUGUAGGAUCUGCUCCUGGGUCUUGGUAUCACUCCGCCUCAGAGCCUUCCUCCAAGAGGUCUUCCAUCUAUCUUCCAGCAUCAGCUGGACCUGGGUACUACCAACAUGAUUGUUGGUAUCCAGGGUACGAAGAUAGUGGCUCUGAGAAGUCCAAGUCACCAUCUCGAGCUCCUAGUUUGAAGGACACACUAAAUAUUCGAGCUAGCUCCCUAGAACGCUAUCCUCUAGGCGUGCCAAAAGGAGAGCCAAUUGAACCUUUGCAUAAAGCUGGAUCACUAGAUUUAUCUUCUGCUGUUGCUAAAUCAUACUUAAAAGAACGAGAAAAACGACAUUCCGAAGACGACGUUGCAGCAACGAUUGCUUCUCGUUAUGAUGAAACUCUACGUAGCUCACGAGACAAUAUAGAACGCACAACGGUGGAAAAAUUAUCCCUCAUCAAUAAGAUCGUCUCGGAACGUACCUCUGUAACAGAUCGAGUAUCACUCGACUCGUCUGUUUAUCAUUCUGUGGAAGAAGGGUCGGUCCGUGGUGAAAAGAGAAAGGCUUCUCUUGAAGAGCGCGGUGCUCUUUCUACAACAGAAGGUGGUUUAGGUUCUGAUGCAAAACGACAGUCGUUAGACUAUGCCUCAGACCACACUUCAAUCACUGGUUCUAUCUACUACUCUGCCGAUGAAGGAGGCUCCAUUGCUGGCUCUGUUUACUACAGCGCCGCCUCUGGGUCGGAGGUAGAGGAUCAUGCCGACGAAAACGAACUUCUUGGAAAAGAGCGGCCGAGCGCCCCCGGGAAGCCCCAGGCUGUGGACCGGGAGGGCAGCGCCCUCAGCAGACUCGCCUACAUCAAGGUGGCCAACGAUGCCCUCCUCCUCAGGUGGGACGCUCCCCACACUGACGGUGGCUCACCCAUCACAGGUUACAUCCUGGAGCGGAGUGAAGGUCUGGGAGAGAUGUGGGUGCGGGUCAACCUGGUGCCCAUCAAAGAAACAGAGUUCGCCGUUGCUAACCUCGUCGGCGGUCGAGAGUACCGCUUUAGCCCCGCCGCAUAUCAAGCUGCCGGCACAGUACGAACAGGGACUGAUUUUCGACACUGACGAACUUAUCCGACUUCGAGUACCCUACACGGGUCGACCUCAGCCGCACGCCUCUUGGACACACAACGGCAAGCAGGUCGAGGGUGACGAAAGGCACGCUGUGGACGUGUCCGAGAAGUACGCUACCCUAAAGAUCGCCGGCGCCUAUAGGAUGGACAAGGGCAUGUACACCAUUAAGUUGUCCAACCCACAAGGCGAGGACACCGCCUCCUUCUUCGUUACCGUCACAGAUCGUCCUGGCCCGCCCAGCGUGCCCACCAUCACAGACCUGUCAGGCACUUCAGUGACGCUACGCUGGGACUCGCCACAAGACGACGGUGGCUGCAGGAUCUCUAACUACCUCGUCGAAUACUUUAGGGUGGGUUGGGAUGUGUGGCUGAAAGCGGCAUCAUCCCGAAUCACAUGGACACAACUCUCUGAUCUCAUUGUUGGCUCAGAGUAUCGUUUCCGCAUCAAGGCUGAGAACGCCUACGGAGUCUCCGAGCCUGGAGAAGAGUCCGACCAGAUUCUCAUCGAAGACGCCAAGAGUCCUACAGGGUCCUUCGAGUACGAGACCUACAAGUCCACUACCAGUGUUGGCUCCUCGCUGCCCAAGGACUCUACUACCUUGGUCAAAGGGGAUAGCUCGUCCUUCGAGUAUGGUGACUCUGGAGAGAGCUCAACCGUUGCUUCCUUCGAUGGAGGCGAACUGUCAGUGAAUAAGUUACGACGAAUAGGCCAAGUAUCCUCUGAGGAGGUAGAUUCCUCUUUAACAAGCUCUAGCGGCGCUCAGGAACCUUCCCUGGACCUUGGAAGCUCAAGCGAAAAGCCACCUUCUUUCGAUUAUGAGAGUUCUAGGGGGCCAUCCUUUGACGUAGUUUCUUCAGUGGAGAGGGGGCCGUCCUUCGAAGUUGGAUCUUCUGUAGACAGAGGACCAUCCUUCGAGGUUGGAUCUUCGGUAGAAAGAGGCUCAUCGUAUGAAGUUCGGUCAUCCAUGGAACGCGGUCCUUCUUACGAUGUAGAAUACUCGAGAUCAAAAUAUGGUUCUCUCCAAACGAGCAGCUCGGCAGAGCAUGAAAGUGAGCCAUUAGAUAAGGAAAUAUCUGUUGAAAUAACUGGCUCCGAUGGACGACCCAUGAGCUACCUGCCCGUCGGAGGCUCCUAUGAGUUGGCUUCGUCAAUGGACCGUGGCGACUCCUAUGAAGAACGGAACUUGGCUGUCAGCGACUACAUUCGGUCUGGAGGGUCAGCUGGUGAGUCGAUGGACCUUGGAGGUUCUUUGGAUGGCGAGGAACCUCCGAUGCCGCCACCUCGCAUACCCAGGAGGGAAGGACGCUCUCCUGCAAUUCCAUCUCCUGCAUCACCAGAAGGGAUGGCUGAAGCUCAGGACACAGUGCCUACCCCGCCUCCUCGAUCCCGUCGCCCAGGCUCGCGAACCUCCAUUGGAUCAGAGUCUUCCGCUCUUGGAGUAGAUGUGUCAUCCUUCUGUAGCAUGGGGGCGGAGGGUGGGCACGAUGUGGCGCCCACCCCGCCCCCCAGGAGCCGACGCUCUGGCUCCCGGGCCUCCACUGUAACGGAGUCGUCUGCUCAGGGAGUAGAUGAUGUAUCGUCCUUCUGUAGCAUGGGGGCAGAGGGUGGGCGUGAUGUUGUGCCCACCCCGCCCGUCAGAAGUCGACGCUCUAGCUCCCGUGCCUCCAUUGUGACAGAGUCUUCUGCCCUUGGGGCAGAUAUGGUGCCACCCUCUUAUAUCCUGGCACCAGAGGGUGAGUGUGUAUCUGUGCCUACCCCGCCGCCCAGGAGACGUCGAACUGGCUCCCGAACUUCCUUAGUCUCUGAAACGUCUGUUCCUGGCGCAGAUGAUGCGUCUCCCUACUCCACCCUGGGGGCGGAGGGUGGGUGUGACGUGGUUCCUACCCCGUGGCCCAGGAGCCGUCGCUCUUGCUCCUGGGCCUCCUUGGUUUCGGAGUCAUCAGUUCCUGGGUGGAGCCCGACCCCCGCCCGCCGGAGGAAACGGCAGAGGACGGAAGCUGCCCCUGAUGCCAUGGAGCUGGAGGAAGAUGCAGAGGACUUCCCCACAGCUCCUCCCCGCAGCAGCAGCCGCCGAUCUGCAUCACAGGCGUCGACGGUGACUUCAGAGACACAGUGGGGGGUGGAAGCAACCUCGCGUGCCACCCCGCCCGCUUCUGACGUGGCUGACAUCGACAACGCCCAGGCAGCCCCAGAUAGCACACCCUCGCCUGCAACAUCGGGCGCAUCGGUCUGUCCACGGAUGGAGGCGGUAACGGUAGUGGCAGGAGGCGAGGCCGUCCUCGUUGUCUCCCUAGAGAACGUCCAGGCAGCUAAGAUCUCAUGGUUGAAGGGCGGGCGGGAGGUGGUGUGUGGUCCACACUACACCAAGACAGAGACGCAGCAGGCGGCCCAGCUGGUCAUCCACGAUGCCACUUCCCAGGACUCUGGCACCUACACCGCCCUCGUCACCAGGCACGAUGGCACCCAGGCGCGGGCGGCGGUGGCACUACAGGUGGUGAGCCAUACCGCCCCCAGCAGGGUGGAAGCACCUACCUUCGCCAGGACCUUGAGUGAUCUCGCUGCUAAGGUCGGCACCAGAGUCAGGUUCCUGGUGGAGCUUCGUCAGGCACACGAUGUCAAGGUGUACUGGUACCACAACAACGUGGAGGUGUCGGAGGACCCCAGGUAUCGGCUGCUACACGAAGGUAACUUCUUCUGCGUCGACAUCUCUCCUCUGAGUGUGACGGACGAGGGACCUUGGAAGUGUGUCGCAGAGAAUUCCUCUGGCCAAGCUUCCAGCAGCGCCUCCCUCAGGGUCAUCGUUCCCAAGGGAUAUAAGCAGCCGGUGUUCCUAGAGGAGCUUGAGGCUCUUCUCACUGCUGAGGGCACCGUCAGCCUCGAGUGUAAGGUAGUGGGCGUGCCCACGCCCAUCCUUAAAUGGUACAAAGAUGGAAUCGAAAUUAAAGCUGGAGAUGUGUUUGCACUCACUGCUAAUGCUAAUGACCCCACAUCUCUGGGGACGUACACCUGUGAGGCAGUCAACUGUAUGGGUCGCACCAUAUCCUCUUCCAGAGUGCGGGUCCUCUCCAGGGAAUCCUCACUCAGACCUCCUUCUAGGAAGGGUCGCAGGUCGCCCACACCAGUGGGUCCUCCACCCGUGCUUCUCGAUCACUUGACAGAUCGCAAGGUUAAAGUCGGCGACAAGGCCAGACUCAGUAUUAAAGUGGAGACUCCGCCUGAGGUGCUGUCUGUGUCAUGGUACAACGAUGGGAGGAAGGUAGAGGAGAGCGACCGGUACCGUCUGAGUGAUGAGGGAGGAGGGCGAUACAUGCUCGAGAUCUUCCACACCGAACUCGGCGACGACGGAGAUUGGAAGGUCGUCGUUAAAAACGAAGGCGGCUAUACUACGUCGUCUUGUAAACUCAUUUUAACAGUUCCCCGGAAUUACCGUGAGCCUCGGUUCCUGGACAACCUCAGGGCGUUGCUGACGGAUGAGGGGCUGGUGUCGUUUGAGUGUAAAGUGGUGGGAUAUCCGACUCCACUGUUGCAGUGGUUCAAGGACGGACAAGAGCUCAAACCUGGCGACGUGUACCAGCUCUCUGGCACCAACUCCUUAGGCAAGUACUCGUGCAUCGCCAAAAACUGCAUGGGAAAAGCUCAGUCCACGGCUGAGCUCACCCUUGAAGAUAUUAAAUCCCACUUAAACGAGGACGAGAAAGAGCAACUGCUGGCUACCAAUAUUCCACCCAGAUUCAUCCAAGGACUGAGAAGCCGUGACGUUAAGAUUGGUGACCCCAUCAGAUUUACUGUUCAAGUGACGGUGACACCAGCGCCUACGGUGACGUGGUACCACGAGGACGAGAUCAUCGCUGAGUGCCCCAAGUACCACAUGUGUAAAGACGAUCCUGGCAUCUUCCACCUGGACGUAGCGUGCCUGCAGAUCACCGACCAGGGAGAGUGGAAGUGUGUGGCCAGCAAUGAUUAUGGUCACAGCGUCACCGCCGCCUCCGUCAAGUUGGUCAUUCCCAGACACUACAAGAAGCCUGUCUUCCUGGAACCUCUCCGGGCAGUCCUCUCACAGGAGGGAACUGUCAACCUUGAGUGUAAGGUGAUUGGCGUGCCUCAGCCGGUGCUCAAGUGGUACAAAGAUGGCGUGGAGCUGCAGCCUGGAGACAUCCACAGGAUCAUAAGCGGGGAAGAUGGUACCUGCUGCCUGGGCACCUACACCUGCGAGGCCUUCAACAUCAUGGGUUCCUCCUCCUCGUCCGCCGCUCUCCUCGGCUUCGAAGAUAAAUUACUACAGAAGGGAGGAGACAAGAUGGCUGAGGCGGUGGGUCUGGCUGACGCUCGCGGCAUCGCCAGGAACCCUUCACUCUCCACCAUCAACGAGGAGCGCUCCUCGCAGAUCUCUGUGUACGAGUCUGCUGUAUCUGAGGCCUCUGAGGAAGAGAGAGCCGACGUCUCUCUUAGUAUUGAUGGCAGAGAAGUCUCCCUCUCACUCUACGAGACACCAGAUAUUUCAGAGGCGGAAGCUAAGCAAAUUGCUGAAAUCUAUGCUGAUGAAAUUUCUGAUCAUUUGUCAGCACACGAGAGUAAUCAAGCGGAGCUGCCUCCUCUUCGCUUCACACGGGAAACGUCUUGUAAGGGUCCACUUAUCAUGGAAGCCAUGGUCAUUGACGUGGAGAACGAGGCCUUCGACGAAUACAUGAGUAUGGCAGACAUUGUGUAUGAUGACGCUCGCACCGAGCAGACGUAG